AGCCAGUAACAUGCAACUCAAAAAAUUUCAUCUGUGCCAACGGAGAGUGCAUCUCCUCUCGCUUCCGCUGCGACGGUGACUUCGACUGCACCGAUAACUCUGACGAGAGAGGCUGUGAGAGCCACUGCUCCGAGGAUCAGUUCCAAUGCCUGAAUCAUCUCUGUAUCUCAGUCAAAUGGCUCUGUGAUGGACAGGAAGACUGCAAAACCGGGGAAGAUGAGGCCAACUGCAGCCCUGCCAACACUGCCAUGACAGCUCGGCCGACGUCUUGUGCUCAGAACGAGUAUGUUUGUGUUGGAGGAGGUUGCGUGUCGGCUGGUCAACGCUGUGACGGACAAAAUGACUGUUCAGAUGGAUCUGAUGAGGUGGACUGUAUCCGGGAGUGUAAGGAGGACGAGUUCCUGUGUCGGAAUCGGGCACACUGUGUUGCCGCUCGCUGGAGGUGCGACAGAGUCUUUGACUGCUUGGAUCAAAGUGACGAGGACAACUGUGACCAGGAGUCGUUGACUUGCCGCGCAGACGAGUUUGUUUGCAACAACACGCUGUGUAAACUGCUGGUCUGGCUGUGUGAUGGUGAGGAUGACUGCGGAGACAACUCUGACGAAGACUCAAACAUGUGUGGAAAGUUGCCAUGUCCUCCAAACAGACCCUUCCGCUGCAGGAAUGACCGAGUAUGUCUGCGGACCGAACAAAUCUGCAACGGAGCGAACGACUGUGGCGACAAUUCAGACGAAGACGACUGUGCGGAUGUGGUCAAAAGGCCAAGGCCGUGCAGGAAGACCGAAUUCUCCUGUGCCAAUCACCGCUGCAUCCCAGCCGAGCUCCAGUGCGACGACUUCGACGAUUGUGAAGACGGCGGAUCGGAUGAGCGCGACUGUAAGGCAUAUUCUGUCGAUGGUGCGUGUCGAGGACGGGCCGACUUGUGCGGAGACGACGCUUUCUGCAACCAUACGAAAACACCUUCAGUCUGUCAAUGUAAAGCUGGAUUUCAGAGAAACCAGAAGACCAAGCAAUGUGAAGAGGUGAACGAGUGUCUGUGGUUCGGAAGCUGCUCGCAGUACUGCACCAACACCAAGGGCUCAUACAAGUGCACUUGUGACCGAAACUUCAAGGAGAUCCAUGGGGAAUGCAUCACAAAAGGACCAGAAGAUCAGAUUCUCUAUGUAGCCAAUGACACCGAAAUCCGCAGUUUUGUGUAUCCAUACAACCAAACUCACGGACACACUCAACUGGCCCGAAUCUCAGACAGCGCUCGCAUCAUCGGCAUGGACGCGCUAUUUCACCAUCACAAGUUUGUGUGGGCCACUCAGUUUAACCCCGGGGGGAUCUUUUACAAAGACCUCCAGGACAGAAACCCAAUCACAUCAAACAGUGGAGUCAUAUGUCCAGACUUCCGGAGGCCCCGGGACAUCUCGGCCGAUUGGGUGACGGGGAACCUGUACUGGACGGAUCACUCCCGAAUGCACUGGUUCAGCUACUAUACGGCACAUUGGCGCCGACUUCGCUACUCCAUUAACGUGGGACAGCUGGGGGGUCCCAACUGCACCCGGCUCAUCACAGAUAUUGAUGGGGAACCUUUCGCUAUUACCGUUAACCCUGUAUGCGGGAUGGUCUACUGGACUGUGAUUGGUGACCACUCUCACAUUGAAGAGGCCGCCAUGGAUGGGUCCUUGCGUCGCAUUUUGCUGGAGAGGAACUUGCGUAGACCGACGGGACUUGCAAUUGACUAUUACAACCAGCGGCUGUACUGGUCAGACUCUGAGCUGUCUCAGAUCGGAAGCGUGCGUUUCGAUGGCUCUGAUUCGCUGGUGGCUGCUAGCAGUCGAGAUGGAAUUUCUCAACCCUUCCGAAUUGACCUGUUUGAGGACUACAUCUACGGGGUCGGCAUGAAGCACGAUGUCUUCAGGGUUCAUAAAUAUGGGAAGUCGCCUGCCGAGAAGCUCAGUCUGGGUGUGGAGAGAGCGUCUAGCAUCUUGGUCUUCCAUCGGUACAAAGAACAGGAGGUGUCCAACCCAUGUGCAAAGAUGCAUUGCGCUUUCCUUUGUCUCCUGAACCCCAGUGGGGCCAGAUGUGUGUGUCCUGAGGGGAAAAUUCUGCUGAACAGGACCUGCACGGACACCAACAUCUCAGGAGAUCUUUGUCAUCCGGCCUGCGAGAAUGGAGGUCGGUGUAUCACCAAUGAACGAGGGGAAUCACGCUGCUUCUGCUGGCCAAAUUACUCUGGGGAACGAUGUGAGAUCAGCCACUGUAAGGACUACUGCCUCAAUGGAGGCACUUGCACGGGAUCUCCAUUAGGAAAGCCCACGUGUCGCUGCGCUCUGGGUUUCACUGGUCCUCUGUGUGAGAAGCGUGUUUGUGACGGUUACUGUCUGAACGGAGGCACAUGUGACAUGACCCUAGGGAACCAACCCGUGUGCCACUGUCUGGCAGAAUACACCGGAGAACGCUGUCUACACCAUAUUUGUCACCAUUAUUGUGUGAACUCCAAAGGCUGCACACUGUCCGGCUCUGGAUACGUGGAGUGCGUGUGUCCCACCCGCUACGAGGGGCCGAAAUGUGAGACGGACCGGUGUCUCCGCUGCAGAGGGGCCCCGUGUAUCGUAGACGAAGAGACUGGAGAUGUCGCCUGCAACUGUACGAAUGGCAGAAUCGCAGCCAGCUGUCAGUUGUGUGACGGAUACUGUUAUAACGGCGGAACCUGCCACCUCGACUCCGAGACGGGCCUGCCGUUCUGUCAGUGCUCUGCAAACUGGUCAGGAACACAGUGCGAAAGACCCGCAACCAAGACCAACCGCUCAGAAAACUUUAGCGGGCGGAGUAUUGCCAUAAUAGUGCCUCUAGUUCUUCUUGUAUGCAUUAUCGCCGCUGUUGCAGUGGGACUCCUUAUUUGCAAAAGAUGUCGAAGAGGUAAGCAGGUUCAGCGGCAGCCCAUGGCGAAUGGUGGCUUGAACGUGGAGAUCGGGAAUCCGUCCUAUAACAUGUACGAAGUUGACCAUGACAAUCACGUAGAUGUGGGAAGCUUUCUUCAUCCCAGCUUUACCCUUGACCCUCAUAAGUUUGUUUUUCAGGGCUGGUGUGUGAAGUCAAGCGACCCGCGCAAUUUACCCCCUGUGCGCCCAAUGACUGCACACACUUUACCCAUCCAGAACGUUCCAAAGGAACUCAUUCCAGGACAGGCCAUGAACUAUUCAAACCCCAUCUAUUCAAAGAUGACAUACCAUGACGGACAGCACUGUCGAAAACCAGUCAUCAACCUCGACAUGAGACGCGAUUUACUCCCAAAGAGACUGGAAACGACAAUUCGAGAAACGGCAGCGUAACCUAGCUUUUCCACAACCUGCUUUGUUUUUUUUAUAACGAUCUGUAUAAAAUGUAUAAAAAAAAUAAAAACUUUUUAUGUCCAGUCAGGUUAAAUCAUCUCACUUUGCAUUCCACAUAUAUGUGCCGGUUUUCGUUUUAGUUUAUUUCUGUUGCAACCAAAAUAUCUUUUUAUAAAUGACAAAUGCCGUGUUUUUCUUUGCUUUGUGACUUUGUAUAUGCACUACACGAAUACGAAAAAAUGAAACGGACAAAGCUGCUCAAUCUUAAAAGGCUUUAUAUACAUUUAAAGAUAAUUUUAUAUAGGUUUAUUUACCUACACACUAU